AUGCAGAAAAACGCCAUCAAAACCAGCUUUUUUAUUCUUUCGGAUUCACACGCCGAGAAGGGGCUGGCGAUCCCCGAUAUAUCAGUCGACGUAGCGAUUCACUGUGGCGACUUGACCGAGGAAUCCAAAGUCCACGAGUUCCAAACAUCUCUGGACCUCCUCCGCCGCAUCGAUGCCCCUCUGAAACUGAUCAUCGCGGGAAAUCAAGAUGUCGGGGAGGCCAGACGCUUGUUCAACUCGGAAGACGUCGUCUUUCUAGGAAAGGGCAUCCACAGUUUUGCCCUCCGAAACGGAGCGAAAUUGACGGUCUACGCCAGCCCAUUAACGCCAUCACUCGAAGCAGACGACUGGGGUUCAGUACAAACGAGGAGAGAACCACGAAUUCAACAUACCGAGUGA